GCGAGGAGGAGGCAGGGAGAGAGCGAGUGCCCUGGGUGAAUCAAUGGAAACCCCCUCACGAAGCCGGGAAAACACUUCAGCCGCAGCCAAAUAGCAUUGAUUAUUUUCCUUCACUUCCCUCACCGCCGUGAAUUUAUUUAUUUAUUUUUUCCAUCUCCGUCCCCGACGCCCCGGAGUGAGCGCUGGAGGGAGGGAGGAGGAGGGGGAAAAAAAGGAAUCAACACAUCGGAGAAGUCCUUUCCAAGAGCCGCCCCCUCCCCUCCCCGCCUCGCGCUGCUCGGCGGCCGCGGUUCGACUCCCGUCCCUGCUUCCAGCUGAGGUGGUACUGGCUGUCACGCUGAAAUGAAACCCCAGUGUUCCUCCGUCUGCCAUGGCCACCCUUAACUCAUCCUCCACCACUAGCACUACCCCCUCCCCUGGGCACAAUGCUCCGUCCCCGCCUCCGGACACUUCCUCCCUUGGCACCCCCUCUGAUCCUGUCACCAAAGAUCCCCCUCCUGCCCCCUCCACCUCUGAGAGCAUGAGGCCCUCAGAGCCAGGAGGACAGCCCCUGGAGUCGGGCUGUGGCCUCAUCCCACCAAAGGAGACUGGGGAGCCUCCAAGAGAAUCCGGCUGUGGUGGCUUCCCACCAAAGGACCUGGGGAUGAAGGAGGACAAGGAGCCCAAGGAGGAAGGCGAGCUCCCCCCUGUGGACCUCAGCAGCCACUUAUUCACAGCGGGCAGUGAGGCCUGCCUAGUAGCCAAGCUGUCCCUGCCAGGUGGCAGUGAACUCCUGUUACCAAAGGGCUUCCCCUGGGGCGAGGCGGGCAUCAAGAAAGAGCCCAGCCUACCCCCCCCGCCCCCCGCCCCCCUCACUGCCCUUCACGUCCACCAUGGCUUUGACCCAAUCCAAGGCUUUAGCUCUUCUGACCAAAUUCUGUCCCAUGAUACCUCAGCGCCAUCUCCGGCCACCUGUGAGGGGAGGGAUGGAGCCUUCUGGAGCUAUCAGCUGGCACCCAACCCGCCCGGAGAUCCCAAAGAUGGCCCCGUGGGGAGCAGGGGGGAAGACCACAGGGCACUGUUCUGGCUCUGCCUCCUGUGCCGCCUGGGUUUCAGCCGGCCCCAGGCCUUUAUGGGUCACAUACAGUCUCAUGGGGUGAAGCUAACCCCUGUUCAACACCAGGGCCUGCUGGGCAACCCAGCCGUGCUCCAGGAGGGGGACGAGGGCUGCAUGGCCCUCCUAAGCUUUCUGGAACCAAAACUGCCUGCUCACCCCCCUUUAAAAAACCUCCUUGACAGCAGCACAGUGAACCUGGAGGCGAAUGUAGCCCUGACUGAGGAUGGCCCUCCUGAGGCAGAAGCCCAGGCCCUUGUCCUGCCCACAGAAGAAGUCAUGGCCCUCAGUCCGCCCUCCCCACCCACAACCCCAGCCGCCUGGGACCCCACCCCAACCCAAGCCAAAGAAUUGCCAAUGGCAGCAGGCGAGGCAGGGCCAGAUUGGUUCCCUGAGGGGCAAGAAGAGGAUGGAGGGCUCUGCCCCCCACUCAACCAAAGCUCACCCACCUCCAAGGAGGGGGGCACUCUCCCCGCCCCAGUGGGCUCUCCUGAAGACCCCAGUGACCCACCCCAGCCCUACCGCCUAGCCGAUGACUACACUCCAGCCCCUGCAGCCUUCCAGGGCCUCAGCCUGUCCAGCCACAUGUCUCUGCUACACUCACGCAACUCCUGCAAGACACUGAAGUGUCCCAAGUGCAACUGGCACUACAAGUACCAGCAGACCCUGGACGUGCACAUGCGGGAGAAGCACCCUGAGAGCAACAGUCACUGCAGCUACUGCAGUGCCGGGGGGGCCCACCCCCGCCUCGCUCGCGGAGAGAGCUACAACUGUGGCUACAAGCCCUACCGCUGCGAUGUCUGCAACUACUCCACCACCACCAAGGGCAAUCUCAGCAUCCAUAUGCAGUCUGACAAACACCUGGCCAACCUGCAGGGCUUCCAGGCGGGGCCCGGUGGGCAGGGAAGUCCCCCCGAGGCAUCGCUCCCGCCCUCUGCAGGGGACAAGGAGCCCAAGACCAAAUCAUCCUGGCAGUGCAAGGUGUGCAGCUACGAGACCAACAUCUCUCGCAACCUGCGCAUCCACAUGACCUCUGAGAAGCACAUGCAGAAUGUACUCAUGCUCCACCAGGGGCUGCCACUGGGCCUGCCACCUGGGCUGGUGGGGCCAGGUCCCCCUCCCCCAGCAGGAGCUGCCCCCGCCACCCCCCCUGAACUCUUCCAGUACUUUGGGCCACAGGCCCUAGGGCAGCCCCAGGCUCCCUUGCCUGGCCCCGGGCUGAGGCCAGACAAGCCCCUGGAAGCCCAGCUGCUUCUCAAUGGCUUCCACCACCUUGGAGCACCUGCCCGCAAGUUCCCCACACCUGCCCCUGGCAGCCUCUCCCCGGACACCCACCUGCCUCAAAGUCAGCUCCUGGGCUCCUUGUCCGACGGCCUGCCCACCUCGCCGCCUCCAGAGGACAGCCCAUCCCUGAAGGUGUUCCGCUGCCUCGUGUGCCAGGCCUUCAGCACGGACAACCUGGAGCUGCUGCUGUACCACUGCAGCAUGGGCCGCAGCCUCCCAGAGGCCGAGUGGAAGGAGGUGGCCGGUGACACCCACCGCUGCAAGCUCUGCUGCUAUGGCACCCAGCUUAAGGCCAAUUUCCAACUCCACCUCAAGACUGACAAACACGCUCAGAAGUACCAGCUGGCAGCCCACCUGAGGGAGGGGGGUGGGGCCACAGGCACCCCCUCCCCUGUGCCCCUGGGAGAUGGGACUCCUUAUGGGUCUGUCCCCCCCCUGCACCUGCGCUGCAAUAUCUGUGACUUUGAGUCCAACAGCAAGGAGAAGAUGCAGCUGCAUGCCCGGGGUGCGACCCAUGAAGAAAACAGCCAGGUCUAUAAGUUUCUGCUGGAGAUGGAGGGGGCAAUGGCAGGGGCAGAGCUGGGGCUGUUCCGCUGCCUGCUGUGUGCCUGGGAGACGCCCUCCCGCCUGGCUGUGCUGCAGCACCUGCGAGCACCGGCCCACCGAGAUGCCCAGGCCCAGAGGCGCCUGCAGCUGCUACAGAGUGGUCCAGCAGCUGAGGAAGGGCUCUCAGCUCUUCAGAGCAUCCUGAGCUUCAGCCAUGGGCAGCUCCGGACUCCUGGAAAGGCUCCUGUCACCCCUUUAGCUGAGCCACCCACCACUGAGAAAGAUGCCCAGAACAAGACAGAACAAUUGGCUUCUGAAGAGGCAGAGAACAAGACUGGCCCUCCCAGAGACAGUGUCAACCAGACCACGGUAUACUGCUGUCCAUACUGCAGCUUCCUGAGCCCGGAGUCGGACCAGGUGAGGGCUCAUGCACUCUCCCAGCAUGCAGUGCAGCCCAAGUACAGGUGCCCGCUGUGCCAGGAGCAGCUGGUGGGCCGACCUGCCCUGCACUUCCACCUUAGCCACCUUCACAACGUGGUGCCUGAGUGUGUUGAGAAGCUGCUGCUUGUGGCCACAACUGUAGAGAUGACCUUUACGACCAAAGUGCUGCCUGGGCCCCCUCUCAGCCCGCUGGAGGGUGACCCAGACCCCCUGGCUCCUGGGCCAGAGCCUGUACCCAGCAGAGACCAGGCAGCAGAAGGCCCUCACCUGACCCCAGAAGCCAGUCCCGAUCCUCUUCCUGAGCCUCCCCCACCCUCAGCUGAGGCCCCAGACAAGCCCGCAGGAAGCCCUGACCAACCCCCCUCUCCAGCCCCAUCUCCAGCCCCUCGGCCUGAUGCCCAAGCUGAAGAAAUGGCUCCUCCACCCCCCAUGGCUGAGGAGGAAGAGGGGCCUGUUGGGGAGUCUCGCCCUGCAGAGCCAGCUCCAGCUGACUCUCGCCACCCUCUCACCUAUCGGAAGACCACCAACUUUGCCCUGGACAAGUUUCUCGAUCCUGCCCGGCCCUAUAAGUGCACUGUGUGUAAGGAGUCCUUCACGCAGAAGAAUAUCCUCCUGGUCCAUUAUAACUCUGUAUCCCACCUGCACAAGAUGAAGAAGGCUGCCAUUGACCCCUCUGGCCCUGCCCGGGGAGAGGCUGGUGCCGCGCCUCCCACCGCUGCUGCCACAGACAAGCCCUUUAAGUGCACAGUCUGCCGAGUCUCCUACAACCAGAGCUCCACCCUGGAGAUCCACAUGCGCUCUGUUCUGCACCAGACUCGCUCACGGGGGGCCAAGACCGACACCAAGGCUGAGGGGCCAGAGCGCAGCCAAGAAGAGCCCAAAGAAGGCGAGACUGAGGGGGAGGUGGGCACUGAGAAGAAGGGCCCCGACCCCAGUGGCUUCAUAUCUGGAUUGCCAUUCCUGACCCCGCCUCCCCCUCCCUUGGACCUGCACCGAUUCCCAGCCCCUCUCUUCACCCCACCAGUCCUGCCCCCCUUCCCUCUGGUGCCCGAAUCACUACUUAAGCUCCAGCAGCAGCAGCUGCUCCUGCCCUUCUACCUCCAUGACCUUAAGGUGGGGCCCAAGCUGGCACUGGCUGGGCCUGCACCUUUGCUGUCCCUGCCGGCUGCCACCCCUCCUCCCCCACCCCCACCCGCCAAGGCUGAGCUGGCUGAGCGGGAGUGGGAGCAGCCCACCACGGCUGAAGAAGGAACCGAGGUAGGGCCAGCCUCACCCCCGCAACCAACACCCAAUGAGGCAGCCCGUACGGCAGCCAAAGCCCUUCUAGAAAACUUCGGCUUUGAGCUGGUGAUCCAAUACAAUGAAGGGAAGCAGGCUGUGCCCCCUCCUCCAACCCCACCCCCACCAGAAGCCCUGGGGGGUGGGGACAAGUUGGCCUGCGGGGCCUGCGGGAAACUCUUCUCCAAUAUGCUCAUCCUCAAGACACACGAGGAGCAUGUCCACCGCCGCUUUCUGCCCUUUGAGGCCCUCAGCCGUUAUGCUGCUCAGUUUCGAAAGAGCUAUGAUAGCCUAUACCCACCCCCUGCAGAGCCCCCCAAACCUCCCGAUGGGUCUCUGGAUUCACCUGCUCCCCAACUGGGUCCACCCUUCCUGGUGCCAGAGCCCGAGGCAGGGGCGGCCUGUCCCCCUGAGGAGCGAAGCCGGGCAGGAGGACGCUGGCCCCCAGAAGAGGAAGAAAGCUCCAGAGGGAACCUUCCUCCCCUAGCACCUGCAGGCCGCCGGUUCUCCAGAACCAAAUUCACAGAGUUCCAGACCCAAGCCCUGCAGGCUUUCUUUGAGACGAGUGCCUACCCCAAGGAUGGAGAGGUGGAGCGACUCGCAAGUCUCUUGGGCCUGGCUAGCCGUGUGGUGGUGGUAUGGUUCCAGAAUGCCCGCCAGAAAGCACGCAAAAAUGCAAGCGAGGGGGGGCCCGUGCCGACCACAGGAGGCACUGGGGGAGUCUCGAGCUGCAGGCGCUGCCAUGCCACCUUCUCCUGUGGUUUUGAGUUGGUGAGACACCUCAAGAAAUGCUAUGACGACCAGCCCGCUGAGGAGGAGGAAGAGGCAGAGCGAGGGGAAGAAGAAGAAGAGGUAGAGGAAGAGGAUGCAGAGGAAGAACAGUGCCUGGAACUCCCAGCAGGGCCUGAGGGCCCAUCACCAGAACCUGCAGACAGGGAAGAAUUGAACCAGGCAGAGGCAUCCAAGGUGGGAGGCAGAGAGCCUGAAGGGAGGUCUCCUCCCUCACCUUCUCCAGCCCACGCCUGCGACCAGUGCGCCACGUCUUUCCCCAGCCAGGACCUGCUGACCAGUCACCGCCGACUACAUUUCCUGUCAUCUGUGCAGCCCAGCGCUGCCCCCCACCUCCUAGAUCUGCCCUUGUUGAUGUAUGGGGAGCGAAACCCCCUGGUGGCAGGUACCCCGCCAGUGCCAGGGCCACCCCUCAAACGGAAGCAUGAGGAUGGCAGCCUGUCCCCCACAGGCAGUGAAGCAGGGGGUGGAGGGGAGGGCGAGCCCCCCAGGGACAAGCGCCUGCGCACCACCAUCCUGCCUGAGCAGCUGGAGAUCCUGUACCGCUGGUACAUGCAGGACUCCAACCCCACACGCAAGAUGCUCGACUGUAUCUCCGAGGAGGUGGGGCUUAAAAAGCGAGUGGUGCAGGUCUGGUUCCAGAAUACCAGAGCCCGCGAGAGGAAAGGCCAGUUUCGAAACACCCCUGGGGGAGUGCCCAAUCCUACAGUCAAGCCCCCUGUCACACCCACCCCUGCACCCUUUCCCAAGUUCAACCUGUUGUUGGGCAAGGUGGAUGAUGGGACUGGGAGGGAGGCCCCAAAGAGAGAAGCACCUGCUUUUCCUUACUCUACAGUCAACCCAGCUGCUGGGACUCUGCCUUUCCUGCCAUCUGGGAAAGAGGCUAGCACCCCAACACCAGAGCCACCUCUACCUCUCCUACCUCCCCCUCUUCCCAGUGAGGAUGAGGGCCCGGAGGAGCCGGUGAAAACUUCUCCAGAGAGUGAGGCUUGCAGUCCAUCUGCAGGGGAUUUAAGCGAUUCAUCUGCUUCCAGCUUGGCUGAACCAGAGUCCCCUGGAGCUGGAGGGACUAGUGGGGGACCAGGAGGUGGGGCCGGGGUUCCAGAUGGAAUGGGGCAGCGGCGCUACAGGACCCAGAUGAGCAGCCUGCAGCUGAAGAUCAUGAAAGCCUGCUACGAAGCCUACCGCACCCCCACGAUGCAGGAGUGUGAGGUGCUGGGGGAGGAGAUCGGGCUGCCCAAGAGAGUCAUCCAGGUCUGGUUCCAGAAUGCUCGUGCCAAGGAAAAGAAGGCCAAGCUGCAGGGGGCAGCAGUUGGCGGGGCUGGGGGCAGCAGUGAGGGCCCCUUGGGAGCCCAGCGCACAGAUUGCCCCUACUGUGAUGUCAAGUAUGAUUUCUAUGUCUCCUGCCGAGGCCAUCUCUUUUCCCGCCAGCACCUGGCCAAGCUCAAGGAGGCAGUCCGAGCCCAGCUGAAGAGUGAAAGCAAGUGCUAUGAUUUGGCCCCAGCACCAGAGGCACCCCCGACUCCCAAGGCCCCACCUGCCACCACACCUGCCUCUAUGCCCCUCGGGCCUGCCCCAGCCCUGCCUCGCCUGGCCCCGGUCCUCCUGUCCGGCCCAGCUCUGGCCCAGCCCCCGUUGAGCAGCUUAGCUCCUUUCAAUUCAGGCCCUGCAGCCACCUCAGGCCUUCUUGGCCUCACCACUUCGGUCCUGCCAGCUACCACAGUGGUCCAGACUGCUGGCCCAGGCUGCCCCUUACCUCAGAGACCUGUGCCUGACAAAACCAACACCUCCACAGCAGGCACCACUGACCCCGCCCCAGGCCCACCUACGGAGCCCUCUGGGGACAAGGUCUCUGGUGAGCGAAAGCCAAUUGCAGCUCCUACCAACUCCUCCACGGACGCCCUCAAGAACCUCAAAGCAUUGAAGGCCACUGUCCCAGCCCUGUUGGGGAGCCAAUUCCUGCCCUUCCCAUUGCCCCCUGCAGGGGGGGCCACGCCGCCAGCUGUCUUUGGCCCCCAGUUACAGGGGGCCUACUUUCAACAGCUUUAUGGCAUGAAGAAGGGGCUAUUUCCCAUGAACCCCGUGAUACCUCAGACCCUCAUCGGACUGCUCCCCAAUGCCCUCCUCCAGCCACUGCCCCAGCCCCCAGAGCCCACAGCCACAGCACCUCCAAAGCCUCCGGAACUGCCUGCUCCAGGGGAGGGGGAGGCCGGGGAGGCCGAUGAGCUGCUGACAGGCAGCACUGGCAUCUCCACCGUGGAUGUGACCCACCGCUACCUGUGCCGCCAGUGCAAGAUGGCAUUUGAAGGGGAGGCCCCUGCCACUGCUCAUCAGAGAUCCUUCUGCUUCUUUGGGCGGGGCUCCGGGGGCUCUGUGCCCCCGCCACUGCGGGUGCCCAUCUGCACCUACCACUGCCUGGCAUGUGAGGUGCUACUGAGUGGGCGUGAAGCCCUGGCCUCCCACCUGCGCUCCUCGGCCCACAGGCGCAAGGCGGCCCCGCCCCCAGGGGGCCCACCCAUUACAGUCACCAAGGCCGCCACUGCCACCACGGCAGGUGCCGUGGCUUUUGCCAAAGAGGAAGCAAGAUUACCUCACACGGACUCCAACCCUAAAACUACUACUACCUCUACACUUCUAGCUUUAUAAACAGAUAAACCAAGAUCGGGGAGAGGGGAGGGCCUCAGGGCUCCCUCUCUUACCCCAAGGGGUGUUUGGUGGGAGCUCAAAUCCCUCACCCCCAACCCUAGGCUCCGCCCACCUCAUGGGAAUCUUCCAAUUCCCACCCUCAGUGGGCUUCACACACCCCACCUCCAGCAGAGUCCUGCCUCCUCCCCACCCCGUCCCAGACACACCACGUCCUCUGCAACUCCUUGCCAUGUCUUCACAGACACACAUCCCUACUUUGUCAUCCUGAUCAUUCAUUCAUGUCUGCCCUGCCCACCAUUCACAGAAUCUAUCCUUGGAUCAUCUUCCUACAACCUCUUCCCUACUGAAUUCCCAAUCGCCCCCCAAUUCCUAUAAACACAUGCAAAUACAUGUUCUCCCAUGCUGUUCCACUGACUGAGAAAAGACCAAAAAAAAAAAAAAUGAAGAAAGGAUAAAGAAAACCCAAGACAAAGAAAGGGGAAGGAAAAUAAACUGCCACCCCCGCAUCUCCUUCCUGCCCCCUUGUCUAGAGCGCCAUACCGCUCACAAACUUUCCAAAUACCGAGUUGGCUCCCAAGCCCACAAAGCUAACCAAACUUUAGGUUGGGUGGGGGAAGUGCUCCCAGCUCAUUCUCACACCCCUCCCUCCUAACCCUCUCCCUGCCUGACAGGGGACUCCCUGUGGCCUGGACUCUGGGGAAGCUGCCGCCAGGAAGCCCUCUGCCAACCCCCACCCUGCACCGGGAACUGCAGUAACUUAUUCUCAAAGGCUUUAAACACAGAGAUCCUCUCAGCAGCCGUGGGCCUGGCCCUUGUCCCAGCCCUGCCAUGUGGUCCAGCCUCCGGGACCGGCGCUGCCCACCAACGGCAAAUCCAAAGUUCUUAAAAAAAACAAAAAACUGAGACACACACAACCAAAUAAAAAGAGCACGUGCACACAUGUGCACAGGAGAGAGAGAUGGAGAGACCAGAGGAAUGAACUAAAGAGAAACAUAACUUUGGAAAAUACAGAAAAGGAAAAACAAACAAAACCCUGAAAACUCUCCCAUCAAAAAAGUGGUUUUUUUCCUGUUUGUGUCACUCCCCUCUCCCUUCCCCAUUUUAGAGGUUUCUUUUUAAACCACCUCGUCUUUGGAAGAUCAAAUGGCUUUAAGUCCUUGCCAAGGGUACAGUAAUCCUGGAGACAAAGUAGUGCAGCCUUGCCCGGGCCGUGACCAGCCUGGGUGGGAGCUGGUAACGGGGAGAAGAGCCUGGAGACUGGGGAGACACAUCCUUGUCCCCUGAAUUGAGUACCAGGACAGGUAACAUCCCCUUAUUCACUGAGAAAAAUCAGUGUCGCCAAAAGUGUCUUGGCAAUGCCAGGAGGAAAGCAAGGGGGAGAUGGGGCAGUUUGGCUUCUGACUCUUGGGUAUGCUUCCCUUUCUCGUAGCUAACCACCAUUUCUUCUCACUUCUUUCACAAAGCCUCACUCCUAUUUCCCUUCCUAGUGGCCCCUUCACAUUUUUGGUCACAAAGUCUUUGGGGCCCCUUGUUCCUCAUCUGUGUUCUUCCCCCUUGUCCUCUGCCCUGGCCUCUGUUCCCUCAGCCCAGCCCCUCCAGUAAGCAGCAGAUGCUGCGGGCACCCCCAAAGGAGUCGGCCUGUCAUGAGGCCCAUGGGGGCCUAGGACUGACUGAUGAUUGUUGGGGGGAUGGGUGGGCAAAAGAAAUGACUGAAACACAAGGUGACUUUGAUAGGGUGAUAUCACCAAGGGCACCAACAGAAGAGGAAAGAUCUGGGAAAGGGUUCCCCACCUCUAUCCUAAUUGUCUUUGUAAGCAUUGGGUGGAAAGUGUGGCAACCCCAAAGCCCAGCUAAAGUGGCACAGGGUGGUAAAGCAGGUGUUUUAUUUUAGCAAAGAAAAGCCUGCAAAACUCUACAGUCCUCCUGGUAGUUUCUCCUACUGCCCUUGCCCCUAAGACCUCCCCUCCCUUUCAAGGUAGUCUGCUUCCAGACUUUCUCCCUUCUGGCGUCUUCCACUCCCAUUCUCCAUUUCAUACGUACACACAAAUUCAGCCAACCCUGGAUUUAGGUUUCCCGGUCUCUCUGUCACUCUACUCUGUGCACAUGCUAAUACAGAAGCAGUGGCUUAUGUGCAGAAAAGAUGGGAGGGGAGAGGGAAAAUGGCUGUCCCUAGUCCCCAUAUGUUCUGUGAAUCUCACUUCCGGUCCCAUUCAUCUCUAAAAUUAAAAGCUCCAACUCUAGCAAACUGGGGUGGGGUUAUUCUGAUGAUGCCAAAAAUGCCAGUUACAAAUGCAGGCAGGAGGAGAGAAACUGCCCUACUGUGGUCUUGCUCUUGCUGUCACCUUCCCCCACCUCUCAACAUCUCUCUUGCACCCCCUCCCUCCCUAACCUUUUCUCUCUCCUGUUGAAAUUCUGUGUAUAAAACUAUUUUCUUAGCAGCAUGUGUAUGAAGAAAGAAGCUUUUUCAUUCUGUGCUUUCUGGGAAUGUGACUUAUGUAUAAAAGUUGAAAAAAAAAUAGAGAAAAAGGAACCGUUUUAAAGAAAACCUUGACAAACAUCUGGCAUGGGAUGAUUAGAGGUGUGGUGUCAUGCAUUUUAGAGAUUUACAGCCAGGGUAGGUUGGUUUUAGUUUAAACCAUGAAUAUUUUCACCAGGAGUUAAAACAGCCAAAAAUCCCUCCUCCUCUGGCCCUCCAAUGUAUUCUCUUACACCCAGGUAAGAUGCCCUGGCCUGGAGACACCAGGGAUAUUUACAGUACACAGGAGCAGCUGACCUUACCAGGAACCCUGUGAUUUGAGGGACAAAAAAGCCAGACUGACUCUGCUGACUUAGGGCAAUCAACAUGCUUCUGGAAGGUGCGCCAUUCCAUGUUCCAAGUGGCUGGCAACGUCCCCCACCCCAACCCCUUCCUGAGACCAAGUCCUCAGCAGCAGCACUCCCGCUGCAGAGAUGCGCAGUGGACCGUCCUGGCUGGCAGAGGGCUGAGUCAGCACAGCCCUGUGCAGAAUGCUAGAGGUGAACGCCCGGUCACCCAGGUUGCUCCUGUGUAGUGGUAAACCCAACUCAAGUGCCCAACACAGCAACCCCAGUCUUACAGAACACUCCACGCCCUUAAAGUGAGCAUGAAUUAAUGGCUUCUAAAAUUGGUCUUCCAUGUCUUGGGGCAAAGGCCUAGGGUUUCUGACAUACGUGGGUCCUAAAACAGCUAAAUUCUGGUCCACCCUACUGACUGUCAGAAGGCAGGAAAUGGAAAUGAUCUUGGCUAUCUUUGCUCUAAAUCAGAGUCUGGGUGGGGAUGGUUUAAGAUACCCAAUUCUCAAGUGGGAACAAAAAUCAAAGUCUGUAUGAGAAAAUCUGAAGCCUUAGUGGCCAAAUGGGGCAGAAUCUGCAAUAGGACCACAAAAUGAAACCUGUUCUCCGGAACCUCUAACCCCUGGAGUGUACUUACAGAAACAUAUGCAAAAGACCCAAAAAGGCCAAUUAUUCCACACACAGUAGCACCUACCUGCUUAAUUCCUUCUAUUUGUUUGUUAACCACUUGCAGUGCUUAUAGACCAGAUCAUUGAUUCCCCAUAUCUUUACCACCCUGAUAUGUUUUAGGGCACAUUCACUCGUGCACUCAUUCACCCCUGUGUAGACAUUCACACCUGAAGUACAGAGCUCUGUAUAUAACUGCGCCAAUGCAACGCAAGAAGACGGCAGCAGAACCAUGCAUAGAGAGAUGCAGGGAUACACACAAAUGCCAGCAAGGAUAGGCCCCGUGGGCAUUCAGGGACAAGGGACACGCCCCAGACCCAUCACCUACACUCCCCUCAGUAGAAACACCUUCCAAUACAUAGCAAUUUUCUUCACACAACAGUAGGUAGGAAAAGCUUAUAAACAAGGAAGUGUAACCAGUAUCAGGAAAGGUGGUCAAAUGUUGGACAUUAAUCCACAGGGAAAGGACCUUAAAUUCCUCUGGAGUGUGACACUAGGGAGGUAGAAGAGAAAUCAGUAGGAAACUUCAGGGGAAGCUUACAUGCAACACGGGUUAGCUGAGCUGGGACCCUGUGUUACAGGAAGGGCAAGGUACUGGGGAGCACUUCCCUUUAGGCUACAGUGGGAAGUGCAAACCACCAGUGGGAAGCCACAAUGAGCAACAUGUAAGGCAGGAGGAUGACACUUGUAGAGGACUGAGUAAGGAAGAAA